AAUACCUUAGACAACAUUAAAUUAAUACUACUCCCCUGUACAAUUAGUGGUCUCUAGGUGCUCAGCUGUGUAAUCAGGCUAGCAACUUUUAUUCUGUUUUUAGAAUAAUGUUAUCCUUGCGACCGUGGUGUAACCCAGACGCCAUGUCUUUCUCAAGAUGAACGUGCUGCUUCUGAAAGAGCCAAAUGAUGGAGACCAAGGGUCUGAUCCUUACAACCAGGAAAUGACGAACGUUGGCCUGCGAGCAACCCUUCUACCUGUGUUAUCGUUUAAGUUUGUUUCACUAAACACCCUAUCAGAAAAGGUUUUCCAAACGGAAAAAUAUGGUGGCCUUAUAUUUACAAGCCCAAGAGCAGUGGAAGCAGUGAAGAUGUGCCUUGGGGACAGAAGAGAAGAAUGGGAGCGCAUAGCGAAAGACAAGUGGAAUGCAAAGUCCGUUUAUGUGGUGGGGAAAGCGACGGCUGCCUUAGUACGCCGCCUUGGCUUGAACCCACUCGGUGAGGACACGGGGACGGCGGAAGUCCUGUCACGUGUCAUCAUUGAACGAGGGGACACCGGUAUCCUCCCUCUUUUCUUCCCUUGUGGCUCCAUCAAAAGAGAAGUUCUGCCUGUGGCUUUGAGGGAGAAUGGGGUUCCCCUCGAGACGUUGACUGUCUAUCAAACAGCCGUGCAUCCUGACGUGGGCCCCCCAGCAAGUGUGGCCUUCUUCAGCCCGUCGGGAGUCAACUUCUGUCUGCAGGCCUUGCGCGGGCUGGCCGGUGAGCAGCUUCCGCAAAUAAAGUUGGCCGCCAUCGGGCCCACCACGCGGGACGCCAUGCUGGCGGAGGGUCUGAGCGUCAGCUGCACCGCCGAGAAGCCCACGCCGCAGCACCUGGCGGAGGCCAUCAGCAAAGCGCUAAAAUGACCAUCUGAAUUUUAUCGGUCAAGUGUGUUUACUGGACACUAUUAGGUACACCUAACCGUUGUCAAUUGGUUGAGGAGGACUAUGGUCAGGUAUGGACAAAAAGGCAGAUGCAGUUCACCAAAAUGGCUAACCACCUGUGCGUUUCACAGCAUAGGUUCUACAUAGAUUUUUGUGCAUCCUGUCAUGUUGGAUGUGCGUGUGGGAUUCCGUCAACUGGACACAAUUGUGACGGCUGCUAAUAUUUAGUAACUGGUGUCCCUGUACAUUUUGUGAUUUGCUACAUAUGUAUUCACCUAUACACAGAUCUUUUUUUGUUUGUUUGCCGUCAUACGUUGUACAUCUAAAAUAGUCUAUUACAAGGGUGCCCAUUAGGUAGAUCCUGAUCUACCGGUAGAUCCAAGACAGGUCCCUGGUAGAUCCGAGGAGUGUCGAGAAGAAAAAAAACAAACAACCAUUUGUGUGUCUUUGUACAUGUUAGUAAUAUAUUUUUUGUGUUAAUAUACACUGCACACUAAUCAGUCUCAUUUUCACAAAAAAA